AUGAGUGGCUCCGGUGCUCUUUUAAGCGUACGAAGAGUCGCCUGGCUUUUUUCCCUGAUUCAUGCAAUCCACGGUAGUCCUUUAGCGUACAUGGUACCCCUAGAAUCGGAACGCCAGGAAGCGGAUUUCGUAACUUUCCUGGCCAUUUCCGUGCUCCUAGUAUUGCUGGGAGGUGUGUUUGCAGGUCUUACUUUGGGACUGAUGGGUCAGGACGAGGUAUAUUUGAAAGUCAUUAGCACCUCAGGAACUGCAAAUGAACAGAAAUGCGCACUAAGAGUGUUGAAACUUAUAUCCAAAGGUAAGCACUGGGUGCUCGUUACUUUACUACUCUCCAACGUCAUCACCAAUGAAACGCUGCCCAUCGUGUUAGAUCGAUGCCUAGGUGGCGGGUGGCAGGCAGUGGUGUCCAGUACUGUGCUGAUUGUUAUAUUCGGUGAAAUUAUCCCUCAGUCCGUGUGUGUCCGUUACGGGCUCGAGAUCGGCGCUUUUUUCUGUCCCUUCGUCGAACUGCUCAUGUACCUAAUGUACCCAGUUGCCUAUCCUAUUGCUCUGCUUUUGGACUGGAUCCUGGGUGAAGACCACGGAACCAUGUACAAAAAGUCGGGGCUUAAGACUCUGGUCACAUUGCACCGGACUAUGGGUGUGGAAAGAUUAACAAAAGACGAAGUUAUCAUCAUAUCUGCUGUUUUGGACUUGAAAGAGAAGAAAGUACGCGAAAUCAUGACGCCUCUGGUCAACGUGUUCACAAUGAGUGCAGACGCUGUUCUUGACGAGAAAACGGUUGGUGAAAUUUUCAACUCCGGGUUUUCGCGUAUCCCAAUCCAUUUGCCGGGCGAGAAAAAUAACUUUAUCGGUAUGCUGCUAGUACGGGUCCUCAUUUCCUAUGAUCCCGAUGACUGUUUGCCAGUGUCUCAUUUUCCUCUAGCCACGCUUCCGGAAACAUCUCCAAACACUUCCUGUCUGAACAUCUUAAACUACUUCCAGGAGGGAAAGUCGCAUAUGUGCAUUGUCUCACAAGAACCCGGAAGCUCCUCCGGUGCUCUAGGUGUCUUGACACUCGAAGAUGUCAUUGAGGAACUUAUAGGAGAGGAAAUCGUUGAUGAAUCGGAUGUUUUCGUAGAUAUCCAUCAACGAAUCAUGCGUGAGCAACCAGGUCCACUCUCUAAACGUCACGUCACAUCUUACCUGCAUUCCUUAUACAAGACUUCACAGAAAAACUCGGCUGAAUACCCUGGUGAAGAAAGAGCUCUUUUAGAGAGAUCUCGCGAGACACCUCAAACACAACACACAACUUUCCUGCCGUUCAACCUUGCCUCCAAUCCUAUCAAGACUCAAAACCCACACGUCAAAGUCAAAAAACUGCCAGGGAAUGUGGAACCUCACCACUCCUCCACAGGGGCCGAGCACGGCAAUUACGGUGGGACAGGGACCUCGCCUCGAGACAAGACUCAGAACCCUGGUCUCGAUAGCUUACAUCAUCAGCAAGGUGUGCCGAACCAUUUCACAGGCGAUGACGAGUCAUUGUUGCAAGGCCAUCUUGACGCUUCCCAAAAAGCUGCUCAAUACACGCUCAGCACUGGUGAAGACACCCAGGUCACAACAUCAAGACAGCUGUCCCCUGGCGCCGAUUCCAAUACCACGACACAAUUGAUAGACGUCGCCGGUGCGUCCAGCUCUGAUUUGGACUUGGGUCAAGGAGAGAUUCCUGACACCCAGAUGAUUUCGUCAUCUUAUCGCCCCAGCAUCAAAGGUAUUGUAGAGAGCGUUGUAACGGUCAAGGGAGUUCCCAAGACCAUUAUCGCUCCCGCAAGAGACUGGGAUGAAUCCGAGGGUGUCGUGAUUGACGAAAGUAACAACGUGCAUGAGAUCGGUGAUGUGGACGGAGACCGUGCGAACGAUCCCGAGUCCUUGCAGCAGCCUUCGCCCAAUAGACCUCAAAAGAGCCGCAGGGGAAGCUUAUUCAGUCUUUUCCGUCCCUCCAGCGCCGGAGGUAGCGGCUCCAGCAUCCGGGGUAGGUCAACCCAUACUUCCGCAUCAUCUGAAAAAACCGGGCAAUUGACAGCAGACGGGAACAACACCUACUCUUUGCGCGAUACAACAUGA